AUGUUUUGGAAUGUCAGAGGAGUGGAUAAUGCUCUCACCAUUGCACGUUUGAGGAAGUUGAAGCGGAUGCAUCAGGUUUCUUUGUUAGCGAUGUGCGAACCAAAGGCGGGUCGCGACCGGCUUGAUUUUAUUCGAAAUAGGCUGGGUUUUCGUCAUGCUAUCUCCAAUGAUGAGAGUCGGAUUUGGGUGAUGUACGGGCAAGACUAUAGGUGUGAUUUGUUGGUCGCCUCACACCAGUUCUUGGCGUUGGAGGUUACACAUGCUGUUUUCCGUUGCUCUGUUGUAGCGGUCUUUGUCCAUGCGUCGUGUGCCUCUCUUGAUAGGGAGGCGCUGUGGCAACAGUUAGGAGAGGUGUGCCCUCAAGGGAUGCCGACAAUUUUUUUAGGGGAUUUUAACGUCAUUGUCGGGGCGAAUGAAAAGAAAGGGGGUCGCCCAUUUCGUGCUAGGGAGUCGGAGCCCUUCCUGAGUUUCAUGGAGGGUGCUGAGUUAACAGAUUUAGGGUUCUCUGGGUCUCAGUUCACCUGGUGCAAUAAUCGUUAG